GCAGCACCAGUUCGCUGCUCUGCCCAGGCUUCGGGCAAGGGACGAAGGGCAGGCUGCAGGAAGCCCGGGAGGUGCAGAGCUGCUCCUUCCCACAGGUCUGUGUGUCUGUCCUCUGUGGCUCCCAGCUCUCUGCGAGGCUAGAGGAGGAGGAGAAGGCUAUCCAGAAACCCUGCAGGACAGGAAAAGGAGUAGAAUCUCACCAUGGAAAAAGUCUACAGUGAAAAUGAAGGCAACCUGGAAGCCCAGGGAAAACCCAAGCGUGAAGUAGAGCCGGAAGAGGAAGGGAAGUCCGAAGAGGCGGCCCAGCCGGAGGUGGAGAGGAAGGCAGAAUGCCAGGGGAAGCCAGGUGGUGAGGGAGAGGCGGGGGCUGAGGGGCAGCCAGAGGGAGAGCAGGAGACUCAGCAGGGAAAGCCAGGAGAUGAGGGCACUCCUCAAGGGGAGGCCCAGCGGAAGCCCGAGAGCGAGGCCCGGGCCUCCGAAAAGCGCCCCGCUGAAGAUCACGUGCCCAGGAAAGCCAAAAGGAAAACGGACAGGGGCACCGAUGAUUCCCCCAGGGACUCUCAGGAGGACUUACACGAAAGGCACUUGAGCAGCGAGGAGAUGAUGAUGAGAGAAUGUGGUGACGCGUCAAGGGCUCAGGAAGAGCUAAGGAAAAAGCAGAAAGCGGGUGGCUUUCAUUGGUUGCAAAGAGAGGUCCAGGAUCCUUUCCCCCCUAGGGGCCAGCGGGGGGUCAGAGGAGUCAGGGGCGGAGGUAGGGGCCAAAAAGGCUUACAGGAUGUCCCCUACCUUUAAUCCCGUUGCCUUUCCAUUCUGAUUCUCAGAUGGGAAUCGUGCCAGCCCUGCUUUCCCUGGCAGGCUUCUGCCAGGCUCUGUGCUCUAACCUGUGCUGAUACUUACCUUGCUUCAGGUGUCACUCUUGUUACCAGCAGCCUUGGACCCCACUGCAGCGCUCUGUGUGUCAGUAGGGCUUUCACCCAUGUGCAUGGGGGAGAUGUUCACGGUACCUUGUAAAAUGUGAAUAAACUGUUUGUAAACCUGCA